GUUCGCAUCGCAUCUCCAGUCACCAUGGGUUUUCUCGACAAAUUCAAGGACCAGUUCUCCUCAUCCAACCCAGAAUACGACUUCCCAACCCCAGCCGCGCCCCUGCCGCUCGGCCCAGACGCCAUCUACCGCUACAGGAAACAGCGCGGCGUCAACCUCGGCUCCUGGUUCUCGCUCGAGCAAUGGAUCUGCCCCCACGUAUUCCGAGGCGCCGCUGGUCCAGGUCAGAGUGACUUUGACGUCGCCAGCGGAAAUGACGCAAAGAGGAAUCUCGAAGAGCACUGGGAUACCUGGAUCACGGAGGACGACUUCAAGUGGAUUGCCUCAAAGGGAUUCAAUAGUGUACGACUUCCGAUUGGGUACUAUCAUCUCUGCGGGCCUCUUCCUGAAGUUCUCAAGAAUACCGAAUUUGAGCCGUUCCACCACAUCUACGAGGGCGCUUGGGGAAGGAUUGAACGUGCUGUACAGACUGCGGGUAACCAUGGGCUCGGUGUCCUCAUCGAUCUCCACGGUGCUGCAGGUGCCCAAAACCACGAUGCCCACGCUGGUCUUUCCACAGGCAAGGUUGGCUUCUGGGACAGCAAGUCCAACCAAGCCUCGACCUCUCUCGCCCUCCGCUUCCUUGCUUCCAAAUUCGCCCCCAUGCCACAUGUCGUCGGCCUCGAGCUCCUCAACGAGCCCCAGAACCACCCCAAGCUCGAACACUGGUACGAGAAAGCCAUCGAUUAUGUCCGCACCGUCGCCCCCGCCGACUUUCCGCUCUACUGCUCGGACGCUUGGGACACUGACCACUUUGCUCACUUUGUCGGGGGCCGAAGCGACUUUGUAGUGCUGGACCACCACAUGUACAGGUGCUUUACCGAUGAAGACAAGCGCAUGAGCGGGUAUGACCACGCGAAUGAGCUCAAGGGUAAUUACCGAGGCAGGUUUGCUGGGCAGUGCGAAGCUGCCAAGGGCGCGCUCGUCGUGGGCGAAUGGUCGGCCUCUCUCGACAAUGGCUCGUUCGGCCAUGGUAUGCCCGACGGAGAGAAAGAUGCUCAGAGGCGAGCCUUUGUCGCUGCCCAGCUUGAACUCUUCGAGUCGCACGCUGCGGGGUACUGGUACUGGACGUUCAAGAAGGGUGAAGGGUGGGACGCGGGAUGGUCGGCGCAGAAUGGCAGCCAGGCAGAAAUCUUGCCUGGCUGGGUCGGAAGCAAGCAAUUCAAGGGGAUGCCGCCGGACCACAUCAAGCAGCAAGAGUUGUCCAACAAUCACGGCAAGUGCACCCAUUCGCUUCAUGCUUUGACUAAUACUCGAAACAGGCUCGCAUACAAACUACUGGGCUAACAACGGCGGCUCUCCCGAUCCUACCGUCUAUGCCCCGGGCUUCUCGCAAGGCUGGGACGAUGCGCUCAUGUUCCUCAGUGCCCAGGGGACCCCGAGCGAGCUUGGUUUUAUCCAUCAGUGGGCUCAGAGGCGCAAGCCCGAGUACGAAGCUAGCGCUGGCAAAAAGCUGGGUAAAGCCGAGUGGGAGUGGGAGCAUGGAUUCAAGCAGGGUGUAGAGGCAGCCGCCAGGUGUUGCUUGGGGUAAAGUAUGGUGAUUAGGCUCAAGUUGUAAUAUAGCA